CUCUAGCCCAGGUCCCCCGAACCCCGUCCCGGCGCCGGCAUUCGCGGCUGUCGCUGCAGCCGCCUCCGGAGCCGACUCAGGCAGCCCGGUUCCUGGCUCCCUUCGUUGUCCCCGGUCGCCUUCACUGAAGAUGAGUCCCUGCGCGGCCGCGCGCCUUCCCAGCGGAGACCCCCGGCGCACCUUCAUCUAGCGACUGGUCACCCUCGCAAUUAUGGAUAUUUGAAAGGCUCAGACGGUGUGGAGGGGGAGUGCCCCUCCUCACUCCCCCUUGGUGCUUGACUUCAGAAAUAAUUUAUAAACUGGGAUUUUUUUUUAAAAAGGAACUUGUAUUUGAUAUGAACUUUAUAGAACUAUUUAUAAUUUUUUUGAUUUAAGUGCCAAAAGAUUAUACAAAGAUAUAUAGUUUUAUAUAAUUGUUGUGAAUAUUUAAAUUAUAACCCCCAAAGGGUCAUAUCUUCUUGAUAAUUCUUCCUGAAUAAGAUCUUUGGGUCCUUGCCUUUUCAUUUUUAAAAUUUACUUCAGUGAUUGUUCUGAAGGAGUAAGCAAUAUAAAAGCAUUUAGGAUGGAUUCUGCCACCCCUGACUGCACGUCAAAAUGUCGAUCCCUGAAGCAUGCGCUGGAUGUCCUUUCUGUGGUAACAAAGGGGAGUGAGAACCAGAUCAAGGCCUUCCUCUGCACUCACUGUUACAACGCUGCAGCUGUCAAGGAUGCCUUUGGCCGGAAUGCCCUGCACCUGGUCUCCUCCUGCGGGAAGAAAGGAGUGUUAGAUUGGCUUAUUGAGAAAGGCGUGGACCUGCUGGUGAAAGACAAGGAGUCAGGCUGGACAGCACUGCACAGGAGCACUUUUUAUGGACAUAUUGACUGCGUUUGGUCUCUGUUAAAGCAUGGUGUUAGCUUGUAUUUACAAGAUAAAGAAGGACUGUCACCUUUGGAUCUUCUAAUGAAGGACAGGCCAACUCACGUUGUGUUUAAGAACACUGAUCCCACAGAAGUCUAUACUUGGGGCGAUAACACAAACUUUACUCUGGGUCACGGAAGCCAGAAAAGCAAGCAUCACCCAGAGCUGGUGGACCUGUUCUCCAGGAGCGGAGUUUAUGUCAAGCAGGUGGUGCUUUGCAAAUUUCAUUCAGUCUUCCUAUCCCAGAAAGGGCAGGUUUACACCUGUGGGCAUGGUCGUGGUGGACGCUUAGGCCAUGGAGAUGAACAGACAUGCUUGGUUCCCCGGCUUGUGGAAGGACUGAUUGGUCACACUUGUUCCCAAGUGGCAGCUGCCGAGGAUCACACUGUUGUAUUAACUGAAGAUGGAUGUGUCUAUACAUUUGGUCUCAACAUUUUUCACCAACUAGGAAUUAUUCCUCCACCUUCCAGCUGUAAUGUACCCAGACAGAUACAGGCAAAAUACCUGAAAGGAAAGACUGUCAUUGGAGUAGCAGCAGGCAGGUUUCAUACAGUGCUGUGGACUCGAGAAGCUGUUUACACGUUGGGACUGAAUGGUGGACAACUGGGUCACUUACUGGAUCCCAAUGGAGAAAAGUGUGUCACUACCCCUCGUCAAGUCUCUGCCCUUCACCAAAAGGAUAUUGCCAUGUCUUUGGUAGCUGCAAGUGAUGGUGCCACCGUCUGUGUUACCACAAGGGGAGAUAUUUACUUACUUGCAGACUAUCAGUGCAAGAAGGUGGCGACGAAACAACUAAACUUGAAAAAGGUUCUUGUAUCUGGAGGUUAUAUGGAAUACAAGGUUGAUCCUGAACAUUUAAUAGAAAAUGGGGAUCAGAAAAUAUGCGUCCUUGCUCUGGAUGGAGCUGGAAGGGUGUUUUGCUGGAGAUCACUUAGCAGUUCUCUGAAGCAGUGCCGAUGGGCCUAUCCACGCCAGGUGUCAGUCUCUGAUAUUGCUUUAAAUAGAAAUGAAAUUCUGCUUGUCACACAGGACGGGGAAGGAUUUAAAGGGAAGUGGAUUGAAGAUAAAAGAAAGAAUUCUGAAAAGAAAGCAGACAUUUUACCAAACCUACAUCAUUCCUCACCAGAUGUGUCUUGUGUCUCUGAUACAAAUAGUGUGUAUGAAAGAAUUCGACUUGAGAAACUUCCUUUUGCCCAUAGAGCUGUUAGUGUCAGCACAGAUGCAAGUGGGUGCAACUUCGCAAUCCUACAGUCAGACCCUAAAACAAGCCUUUAUGAAAUUCCAGUUGUGUCUUCAUCAUCCUUUUUUGAAGAAUUUGGCAAGCUCCUGAGGGAAACAGAUGAAAUGGAUAACAUCCAUGAUGUGACAUUUCAAGUUGGCAAUAGACUCUUCCCUGCUCAUAAAUACGUGUUAGCAGUGCGCUCUGACUUCUUCCAGAAGUUGUUUCUUUCAGAUGGUACUCCUUCAGAACUGACUGAUGUGUACCGGAAAGAUGAAGAUGCUGCAGGCUGCCAUCUCUUUGUGGUGGAGAAAGUCCAUCCCGACUUGUUCGAAUACCUCUUACAGUUCAUGUAUACAGAUACCUGUGACUUCUUAACUCAUGGCUUCAAACCAAGAAUACUCAUGAACAAAAAGGCAGAAGACUGUAAGGGCUCCUCAGAUUCUCAUAUGAAUAAAAUGAAUUGCCAUGCGGAUGAUAACCAGAAGGCAGCAUUUGAGGUUUACAAAAACAACCAAACUCACACAAUUAGUGAAAGGCAGAAAAACAAACACAAAUCUUCCAAAAAGGGAAAAGGUGUUGGGGAAGAUGAUCCUGUAAGGAUGUUGCAAAAUGUUGCAAAGAAAUUUGGCCUCAGUGAUUUGAGUAGCAGGUUAGAUGGAGUCAGAUUUGAAAAUGAAAAAAUUAAUGUUAUUGAGAAGAAAACUGGUGAUAAACUGAAGCUAAGUCAGAAAAAAUGUUCAUUUCUCCAUGAUGUUACCAUGAAGUCUGUGGAUGGAAAGGAAUUCCCCUGUCAUAAAUGUGUGCUCUGUGCCAGACUUGAAUAUUUCCGCAGCAUGCUGAGCAGCUCCUGGAUUGAGGCCUCCAGAUGUGCAGCUCUGGAAAUGCCAAUACAGUCUGAGAUUCUGAGAGUUAUUGUUGACUACCUCUAUACUGAUGAAGCUGUGGUCAUAAAAGAGUCUCAAAAUGUGGAUUUUAUUUGUAGUGUUCUUGUAGUGGCCGAUCAGCUUCUCAUAACGAGAUUAAAGGAAGCCUGUGAAGGAGCAUUGACUGAAAAACUUACCCUUAAGAAUGCUGCUAUGCUGCUGGAGUUUGCAGCAAUGUACAAUGCUGAGCAGUUGAAACUGUCUUGUUUACAGUUCAUAGGGCUGAAUAUGGCAGCCUUACUUGAAGCAAGGUCUCUUGAUGUUUUAAGUGAGGAUGUUUUGAAGGAUCUUUCCAUAUUUUACCGAAAAAUGAUUCCAGCAAUGGAGAGAAGAGUCAUCACACCAUACCAAGACGGACCAGAUAUUAGCUACAUGCAAGUAGAGGAUGGAGAUGUCUUUUUCAAAGAAGAAAUAAAUAUGGAACCAAAUCACUCGGAAACAAUGUUCAAGAAGGCAAAAACAAGAGCUAAAAAGAAGCCGCGGAAGCGUUCUGACAGUUCUGGAGGCUACAACCUUUCAGACAUUAUUCAGAGUCCACCAUCAGCAGGAUUAUUAAAGUCUGGGAAGACCAAUUCUGUGGAGUCUCUUCCAGAACUGUUGACCUCAGACUCUGAAGGAAGCUAUGCAGGAGUGGGUAGUCCCAGAGAUUUACAGUCACCUGAUUUUAUAGCAGGGUUCCAUUCGGAUAAGGUCGAGGGGAGAGCUAAACCGUAUGUGAAUGGUACACCUCCUGCAUGUGCUAGGGAAGAUUUCAAACCAUGGGAAAAAUCACCGACAUCUAAAUCUGCUCCCCAGUUCAUUCCCAGUAACAGAGUCGACACUACAGGCUCUUCCAGUUGGGUUGCUGGCUCUUGCAGUCCUGUGAGUCCUCCUGUUGUGGAUUUCAGAACCAUCAUGGAAACAGAAGAAAGUAGACAAAAAUAUGGCGCAGCACCAAAGUCAAACUUAGGAAAAAUUAUUUCUCAUGGAGUCAAACUUUCUCAGAGGCAACGGAAAAUGAUUGCAUUGACCACCAAAGAAAAUAGUUCAGGAACAAAUACCUUGGAACCAGUUCUGACAGCUCCUUCAAAGUCCCCCAAGCCUGUGAAUGCAUGGGCUUCUCUACCCUCACCUUCAUCCAAGUCAUUCUGGGAUUUCUUACCAGGAGAAAAAAAACCUGUUACUGGCCAUGGUUUAGGAGAUCAUGUCAAAAAAGUUGUUUUUAAAGGAAUUGAAAACUCUCAGGCCCUAAAUGUUGUGAGAUGUGCAACUCAUGGAACUCCAGGACUAGAAAACAAUCAUGUUUCUGAUUUUCCAGUUCUAGAGAGUCCCAACCCCUGGCUGUCCUCCUCGCCGGCUGCUCCUGCCGCCAUCGCUCCUGUCACGUUCGCAUCGAUUGUAGAAGAAGAGCGGCAACAAGAAGCCGCGCUCAUCAGAAGUCGGGAGAAACCCUUGGCUCUCAUUCAGGUUGAGGAGCAUGCGAUACAAGACUUGCUGGUUUUCUAUGAGGCAUUUGGCAACCCUGAAGAGUUUGUCGUCGUUGAAAGGACACCACAGGGGCCUCUGGCCGUGCCUAUGUGGAACAAGCAUGGGUGCUAGCUUACUGGAGAGAGGACGCUGCCCCCGGGGUCGUGGUCGCUACACUGACACGAAGAAAACCCAUGCACAAGCAUUCUUGCAUAUUUGGUAGCACAUUGUUUUCAUCAGAGCAAAAGUGGAUAUGAUUUCUUCCUGUAGUUUAUAAUGUUUGUAUAACUAAUGAGAAACUUUUUGAAAUUGUGAUUUUAGUAACUUUUAUGUGAAGAUGUGUCAGGAAAAACGUUAAGCUAAGAUUGCUUGGAUUGUUUCUUCUACAUUAUCUUACAAAGGAAAAUAUUGGUGAAGUAUAAAGUUUAGGUAUGAUUCAUUAAAAUUUUUUUUCAUUUGAGAGUAUGGAGUAAUUUAGAAGAGUUUACCACUUAUGUUUUUUAAAUAAGACAUUGAUGGGAUUAAGGCAGGAGCCUCAGUCAUUACUUCUGAUCCACUGGUAGCCAGAAUGUUCCGUUUGCACAGUAGAUGUGUCUAUUGUUGCCUUUUCAUUGGGCUAUUAAUUUUUUAGGCCUCUUUGAAAUUGGACCUGGUGAAGUGCUGUUCUUCCUAAUUAUUCUGGACAGUUUAGUCAACAAUCAAAGCUUCUCUGGGAGACUUGGAUUCAUGAAGUUUUGUUGGGGUGGGAAGGUAGCACAGAGGCCAUAUGAAUGGCUGAUUGUGAAAGAAUCAGCUUCCUAAAGUGUUAAGGUUCUCUAAAACAGACAUAGGGUUACCGAAUAGUUUGCCGGAGUGCUUGUUUAUUGUUACUUUUUAGUACUGUGUAAUCAGAAGUUCUGUGAGCCUGGAUUAUAUGUGUACAUGUAAACUUUGAUUAUCUUCUUUAUAGUAUGCUGUUUGAUUUGUUAUUGAGUGUUUAAAAUUAAAAGGAAAACAAUGUUAAAAUGUGUGCUUUAGUCUAUAGAUAAAAUGAGAAUGUUAGUGCCUGAGUUCUGGGAAAGAAUCCCUGGGAAUAUGUAGGCAGUUCACUGCUUGAUUUCAGUUGAUGGGAAAUUGGCUGAAACUAACUCAGUGUUUCAGUUCAGUUCAACCCAUAAAGCAGCAGAUGUGUAAGCAAACAUGCAAUAAAAGGUAAUCCUGAUCUACUUCACUACGAAUGUGUGUUUGUUGUCCUAUGUAGCCCUAGAUUGACAGCUCGAGGGAAGGAUUUCUGGCUAUUCCUAGUUAUUUCCCUUAUGUGCCACACUGAUAGGCAGCACAUACUUUUACUCUGCUAAAAAUCCUGUUUUCUAUUCGGUAUGUUUGAGUAACUUGAGAAAAAAAUGAAUUUUACGAUGUCUUUUUGAUAUCUGUAGUGGGAGCUGCGGGCUGCGUUCCUGCCGCCCCAGCUCCUGGUAGCCUGGCUAGCUUAUGCCCCAAAAUAACAACACACAAACUGUAUUCUUUUAAACACUGCUUGGCCCAUCAGCUCUAGCCCUUACUGGCUAAUUCUCAUAUCGCGAUCAACCCAUCUCUAAUAAUCUGUGUAGCACUAGUCUUACCGGGAAAGAUUCAGCAUGUCUGACCUGGCAGCUGGCUGCAUCACGUCUGCCUCUGAGAGGAGCUGCCCUGCAUCUACCCGGGAGAGGGGAGCAUGGCGUCUGCCCCAGAGAGGAGAGGAAAUGGCAUCUGAGCUCACUUCCUCUUCCUCCCCACAUUCUGUUCUGUUUACUCCACCCACCUAUGUUCUAACCUAUGAGGGCCAAGCAGUUUCUUUAUUUUUUAACCAAUGACCUUCCUCCAUCAGAUAUCAGUAAAGAAGCUUUAUGACGUCAUUGGCCAUGACCAAAUUGCUUGUAGUUUAUAGUUUGUUUUAUAUAGUGAGCCACUGUAUAAAAUUCCAUAUGGGAAGAAAUUGUCCUGCAAGAAAAGUGAAAGAUAAGCCCUGCUGUGAGCUGUAGUUUUCAUGAGUCCAUGAAGAUGGCAGUUAUUAUAUUGCCUUGAAAACCCAGGAGGAUGAUGGUAGUUUUUCCCAACAGUACUUUCUUCCUGUAGUAACCCAUCCAUCUCUAGUUGUAUAGAUUCAAGAAAAUCCAGUAGAACUGAAGAAAGUCUGAUGCAUCAAUUGAAGUGAUCACAGGGAUGGAGAGGCCUUUUAAGACUCACAAGCCCUGUGUUUGAGUCUAGAAAGAUGAUGGUGUACAAAGUAUUGGGGUGAGGGAAUGAGUACCAGCAGUAGAUGUGCUUAAAGUUUGUGAAAUCAAGAAACUACAAGUCAAAUCAAGUCAGUUUGUUGACAGAAUGUUAGAAUUUGUAUCUCUUAAAUUCUAGACAUGUCUUUUAGAAAAAAAAAAAAAUCCUGCUUUCCCCAGAGACAACUGCAGUCUGAAGCCCAGCCUUGGGUGGGCAGUUUGUCUGUGGCUCUCCUGGAGGGCAUGGUGCAUGUGCUUUUUUUUUUUUUUUUUCAAAGAUGGGUUGAGGGGUUGAGGUCCAUUUCUUACAAUAUUAGGUCUAAAGAAGCUCUGCUCAUAUACCGUAGGCAGUUUGUGUCCCGAAGAAAGUGAAGUCCAGAAAUGUUGAUGGAGGCAUGCUUAUUUGUUUCCCAGACACUCAGACCAGAAUCACUCAGAAACUAUCAUUUCCAAUGCUGUUUGGCCAAUAGCUUAAGCGUAUUUUUAGCUAGCUCUUAUAUCCUAAACUAACCCAUUUCCAUUAAUCUGUGCAUCACUAUGAGGUGGUGGCGAGCAGCAAAGUUACGGUGGGCUCUGGUGGAGACAUCUGUCUCCUGUGGUGGCUAUAAGGCUUCUCAUUGACUCCGCCUUUUUUCUUCCAGCAUUGUUUAGUUUUCCUGCCUAGCUCUAUUCUGCUAAGCUACUGGCCGAAACAGCUUAAUUCAUUAGCCAAUAAAAACAGCACAUAUACAGAAGGACAUCCCAUCCCACACCACAAAAAAUGGCCAAUUUGAAAUAUGUCUUCUUUGUAAUAUGAUUCUCUAACUACAGCAGGCUGUCUCUUUGAAACUGUCAUUUAUCUAUAGCCAAGAAAAAGAAUUAUAAAACACCACUUAGUAAAGCAAUUAUAUAGUUCAGAGACUUCCAGAUUUGUCAGUGCAGAGGUGUUUUCAGGAAAAAGCAGAGCUAUAUUCUAAGAGGAAAUUGGAAACAAUGAUCUGAGGUGUGCUCAAGUCUAGGUGUCCUUUCUGAAGAUAAUGCCAAGCUGUGACAGAUAUCAAAGCCACAUUGGUCCUGUAUGCAUUACCCACCCAGCUCCUAGGCACAGGAGGUUCAUUUUUCUAGCUGUUUCUCGUUGUUUCCUCUCCAGCCUUUGAUUUGUGUUGAAAUGAGAUUUCUACUAUUCCUAUUCUUUCCUUGUGCCUGAGUCAUCUACCCAAAUCAUUGAGGCGGAGCCUGUGGACAUUCCUUGCUUCUCUGUUUCUCCAUUCUGUACACUUGCAGGU